CGGCAAUGAACUUUGAACCUUUUUCUUAGUAUUAUUGAGCGUAUCCAACAGAAUAUUUUUUCCUUUCAAACUAAUAUAUUGGUAUAAAUUCCUAGCAGCAGCAAAAUGAUAAAACUUUUCUCGUUAAAACAACAAAAGAAAGACGGAGAGAGUGGUGGACAACAAAAAUCAACUCGUACAGCAGCUCAGCUACGAAUUACAAAAGACAUCAACGAGCUUAAUCUUCCGCGGACCUGCACUACAAAUUUUCCUGAUCCGAAUGAUUUAUUGAACUUUAAAAUGAUUAUAUGUCCCGAUGAAGGCUACUAUAAAGGAGGACGUUUUGUGUUCAAUUUUAAGGUUGGCCCUAAUUACCCACACGAACCGCCGAAAGUAAAGUGUGAGACUAAAGUCUACCAUCCAAACAUUGAUCUAGAAGGAAAUGUUUGUUUGAACAUCCUGAGAGAAGAUUGGAAGCCCGUACUCACUAUUAAUUCAAUUGUUUAUGGAUUGCAAUAUCUUUUCCUAGAACCCAACGCAGAAGAUCCUUUGAACAAAGAAGCUGCUGAAGUUCUUCAAUCAAAUCGACGACUGUUCGAACAUAAUGUCACCAAAGCCAUGCGCGGAGCAUAUAUCGGAGAAACUUAUUUUGAUCGUUGUCUUAACUCAAACUGAUGCUCUCGCAAGCGCAACAAAAAUACGAUGCGAAGUAUUCACAUCAAUUAUUAUUUUUACAUCGUUAUUUUAUUGAUUGGUGGCCACUACUUCAGAUACAUUUAAAGCAAAAAUAUCAAUAUCUCUCUAUCUCGUUGUUUGUGUUAUUCAAUCAUUUUGUACUAAUAGUAUGUCGGUUUACUUAAAAAUGUACAAUUUUUAACAUUAACUGAUUAAAUUCCUUUUUAUUUUUUUCUUGCUAAUAGAAACAAAUUUAUCUGAAGUGAAUAUUUUUUUUAUUUCAUAUAGAAAGAUGAGUAGCAAGAAGUUUUGGUAAUUCAGCUAAGCAAAUAAUGUCUUGUAACUUAUUGGAUGUUUUUCAAUUGGAAUUCCAACAAUUUCUCAAAGUCACACAAGAAAUGUUUCGUUUUGCAUAAUUAACUGCACCAAUUUUUAUUUUACCCUUUUUUUUUAAUUUUUCCUACAAGAAUAAGAAAACAGAAGUUGAAAUUUAAUGAAUGAGAAAGAAAAUUAAGAAAAAACAAACUCGUGUUAAAAUGAUUAAAUUAAGUUAAAUUAAAAGUAAAUAUUGAGACACACUUUAAAAAAUAUUCAAAUUAAACAAAACUUCUAUAGCUUUAUACUGUUCUUUCGGAUUUGAAUGUUACGAAGAAGACAUAACUCGGAGAUUGCUAGAGCUCUUCCUGAUGAUACGGAAAGAUCAUAAAGUCUUAGAACAAAUCCAAACGACACAUCAUCUUCAGGAAUAAUUUUUAAGAGAUUCAUUAUCAAACCAUUUGGAAUAAGUUUCAAAAUUGAUUUGAGUUUGACACUUUUCUCAAGUUGAACUAACAACGAUAAAAAUUGAAAGAUGAAGUCAACUUUUGGUGACAUUUCAUCUUUUGUCACUUGCUGAUAAAAAAUCUUGAAUAGAUCUUGAAGUGACAUUUUGAGGGAUUCUCUCAAUUGUGAUGAAAUAUCUUUAUCAUUAGAACUUCCUUCAAUACCUGAUCCAAUUGAUUGUUGUUCGAUUCCAGUUUUUCUUACUUUUGUCAUUGAAUUCAUAUCAUCGUCGUCAUCUCGCGGACGUUUUCGGUUGACAUCAGCUGUGUCCAUUGUUGAUAAAAUUGCAUAGACACAAAGUUUCGCCAACAUUCUUGAUUGUAACCCUUUUAAUUUGGAACAACUGCAACAAAAAGAUGUUGAAAAAUUAAAAACUUCAUGAUUAAUAUUUAUAUCAAAGA